AUGCCCGUGUACGCGUGCAAGGGUUUUGUGUUUAGCGUGCAUGUGCAUAUGUCUCACAUGUGCCAUGUCGUUUUUGCUACCUCGCCCCCCCCCCUCCUCCUCCUCCUCCUCUCUCCCUCUCCGUGCCCACACACCCACACGCACGCCCAUCCGCGCAGCUGUUCUCCGCCCUUUCGUGUUUCGUUCUUCCCUUUCCACUGCAUGUUCAGCUUCGGCAGCGUCGGCGGUGCCACCGGCAGUGGUGCACCUCCCCUGAUUGGCGAACCUGGCAGAGGCGGCGGGGUGCUGGGUAACCCCUUCAACGCUGCUUUCCACACAGCUGGCGGGCCGGUGCUGAUGAGCGGGGUCGGCGGCAGUAGCGGGAACACUAGUGUACUUCACGACCGCUUCGAUGUUCAGCCAAUAAGCUAUUCGCCGUUCGGAGGAGGCAGUCAGGCGGUACCGCCGCCGGUGCUUGGCGGUGCAGUCACUGUCAAGGUCGGUGAGGGCAAGGCCAACGUGAGUGGCCCGCAACGCGGCGUGCUGCCCAUGAGCGGGUCAGCGCUGCCGCUCUCCACAAUGCCCGUCUUCGGAGCCAGUGCGCCACUGCUUUCUCAUUCGUCAGGCGCAUCUCCCAUGGUCGCCGCGCCUGCUGCCGCGAUGGUGCCGCUGCCGGUGUCGUUUGCCACGACGCCGUUGUCUGCGGUCCCGGUCUUUGCGGCGGCGCCACCGCAAUCGUCGAUGCCCGCGUUGAGUGGCGGAGGCAUCUUGGGUGGCGGCGGCAGCAGUGCGCCAAGCUGUGCAAAUACGUCGUUCGCCGCUCCACGAGGGGGCCAAGGACGCAGCAGCGGCAACAGCAAGGAGAGCGGUGCCAAGGGCGGCGCUGAUAGUCGUCCAUCUCUGCCCGAGCCGCACUCUUCACAUCAGCGCAGCCAAGAGUCGCUGCCACGGCUGGGCUCCACCUCCGCCCUCUCCUCCACACCCGCGCCAACAACACCGUUCUUGGAUCGUGGCAGUGCCGGUGCUGGAAGCGGCCCUCGACCCUUUCCGGCCUUCCCUGACGUUGCAAGUACGGCAUGCAGCGGUGACAACAAGAGUCACACAAGUGGGAACGUGUUGGCCACGGCUGCCCCAAUCCUGCCUCCUGCAGCUCCACAGAACACACCAAGCGCCAGCGACGCUAAAGGGCUCAUCCUUGGCUCGGCUUUCGCAGCUGUCGGCACCAGCGGCAAAGGCGGCGACGCUGCCGGUGGCCCUCCGCCACUUCCGCCGACCUCUUGCGAUUUCGACACGUCCGUGCCGAGUGUCAGCGCGUCCGCGGCGCUGCUGGAUAGGGGCGCUGCGACUCCACUUUUCCUCCAGACAACGCCGGCGAAUGCCGCCGUCAAGGGCAGCCUGUUCAGAGGCCCUGCUGCCGCGGCGGCAGCAGGGCCUGCUUCGCUUGCUCCUGCAGCGGUUCCGCCAUCGAGCGCAUUUGGCGGGUCCGUGUUCAGUAAGACUUCCGUUGCAGCGGUGACGGCCCCGUCCGCUAUCACACUAGCCGCCUCUCCUCCUCCGGCGGCGGCGAAGACUGCUGCGACCGUCGCGAACAGGAGCGGCAGCGUCUUCAGCGAGCUUCACAGCAGCUUCCGUGCGCCACCGCCAACGACGGCGGCGCCGAUCUUCUCCGCCUUUGGAGCCGCGUCGCCAGUGGUGCCGGCACCGACGACGUCUGCCACACCACCGUUCGGGCAGCAAGCGGCACCGCGCGGCGGCAGCCACGUGCCCGCGAGCCUCCAUGCAAGUCCGUUUGUCCCCUCGCUGCCCUCAGCCGGUGCGGCGGCCAGACCGGCUACCGCCGCAUCCGUCUUUGGCUCGGCAGCCUCUGGACCCGGCCCUGGGGUGGGCGGCGGCUCGGUGUUCACGGCAGCGGCAGCCACUCCUGUGCGGGCGCCCGCGUCUUCCUUUGGCGCUUCCGCCGCCUCUGCGAAAGUGCCGCCGCCGCCAGCGUCAUCCAAGCCAUCGGGCAGCCGCGCAGAUGGUGGUGGUGGUGAUGCUGCUGCUGCGGGGCGACGCCGAGGCCGCUCCGCACCUCGGAGAGAUGCUGCUGAAGGUGACGGCAGCGGCAGUGGCGGUCCUGCUCGCCCCCAACCGAGCAGCCUCGCGGCGACCGCCUCGCCGUCCGCGCAAGGCUCCCGCUUGGAGAUACCAGCACCGCGCCGUGGACAAUGCCGGCCGGCGCCGUCGGCAACGCACACGCAGAAGCCGCCAACGGCCCUGUCGCUGCUGGACAAGCUCCCCAUUCCACCACUGCCCGCAGAUGAGAAGAAGCUGUGCAUCGCCGCCCGUGUGUGCAAGUCGCUCCUCAUGCAACUUGCCUCCGCGGCGGCCUUGGGAGGCCACGGUGGUGGCGCUGCGGGCUCCAGCAGGGAAGAGGACGUCGCCAAGACCCUUGAGCAAGCCUUUUUCGGCGUUGUUGGCAUCGAGGGCGUGCACGGCAACUUCGGCAAUACCGCUGGCGAGAUGCUCGCCCUCUGGAACGGGCAGGUGAGGCCGAUGAUAUCUGGCCGCGGCACCCAAAGCGGUGACGGCGGCGGCUCCGCCUUUCCGGGCGAGAUGUGGAUCGCACUCUUCAUCCUCGGCACGUACCUGAACACCAUUCUGUCCGCGCUGCAGUCCAGCAAAUCGGGCCGACACGCGGCGUCGUCCUCGGCGUCCGCCUCCGUGACGGAUUUGACAGCCUACAAAGCGGGCCUGCGCGCCCACCCCACCGAGGCGCUCACCGACGCCUGCCACUACGCCAACGAGCUCAGCGAGCUGCUGCAGGCGCUUUUCCAGCGCGGCGGCGAGGCCGAUGCCCCGCCGUACAGUGUCAUCCCAGUGGUGCUGCGGCGGGUGCGCAGCGUCUUUGAUGAGGCCAACGCGCGCGGCGUCGCAACAGUGCAGUCGAACCUGAAUACGGUCACGUCGAAGCUGUUUGCCGUUCUCAACAGGCGAGUAAAGACGUCGGCCGUGCAGCCGCUUGGCACACCUGGCGAGGCGCCGCGCUGGCUGCUGACGUACGACUCCAAAGAAAAGGAGAGCCUCCUGCACAGUUUUGCCUAUCUCAUCAUCGAGAUGAUCGCCGCAGAUGCCCCGAAGAACGACGACGUAGAGCUCUUCAUCUCGGCGUUUCACGAGUGCUUCCCGUCAGCACUGGCGGAGCGGUGCAUGCUGUACUACCGGCGCGCCUGCGCACUCCUCCGGCAGCCGCUCCGCAUGUCGCUCGUCGAGGAGGCCGCCGAGCUGCUGGCGAAGGCGACCGUCGUGUACCCGCCCAACGCCCCACUGAACAACAGGCGCGUGUUGCUAGUGAAGUUGCUGGCUGCGGAGCUGGCUUUGGGGCGGCUGCCGCCGGACGAAGACUGGCUCGCCCUCGACGUCCCGCCGCUCAUCGAUGUCGUGAACGCGCUCAAGACGUCGCGUCUGGACCUCCUCGACACGGCACUUUCGAUGCAUGGACCUUUCUUUGUGGAGAUCGGCGUGCACAACGUACUGUGUCUGGCGCGUCAGCGACUCGCGCUGCUGAUGGUCGUGAAGUUCUACUUGACUCACGGGUGCGAGAGUCGUCUAAGCGUGUCGGAGAUGGUGCGAUACCACUCCCUCCCCUACUCGACGGUGGACGCGGGAGUUGUGUGGCUGCUGCCGCUGCUCGUAGAAAAGCAGAUAAACGGUGUGCUGGACCACGACUAUCUGAUACUAAGCGCCAAGACGCCGUUCGACGCCUACCCGCUCAAGACGCUCGCCGACGCUGCGGCCGCCGCAUGA